ACCCUCACCAUGUACUUCCAGCAGUCCUGGAGGGAUAAAAGGCUCUCCUAUUCUGGAAUACCUUUAAACCUAACACUGGACAACAGAGUGGCUGACCAGCUCUGGGUGCCUGACACUUAUUUCCAAAAUGACAAGAAGUCAUUUGUCCAUGGGGUGACAGUGAAAAAUCGAAUGAUUCGACUCCAUCCAGAUGGGACGGUCCUUUAUGGCCUACGGAUCACAACAACAGCUGCUUGUAUGAUGGAUCUACGCAGAUAUCCUCUGGAUGAACAAAAUUGCACGCUAGAAAUUGAAAGCUAUGGAUACACUACUGAUGAUAUUGAAUUUUACUGGAAUGGAGGAGUGUCUGCAGUAACAGGUGUUAACAACAUCGAGCUCCCACAAUUCUCUAUUGUUGAUUACAAGAUGGUAUCAAAGAGGGUGGAAUUUACAACAGGAGCAUAUCCUCGAUUAUCACUCAGUUUCCGGCUUAAAAGAAAUAUCGGAUACUUCAUUUUGCAAACCUAUAUGCCUUCCACAUUAAUCACAAUUCUGUCUUGGGUAUCUUUUUGGAUCAAUUAUGAUGCUUCUGCAGCCAGAGUUGCUCUAGGAAUCACAACUGUGCUGACCAUGACCACAAUCAGCACCCACCUAAGGGAAACAUUGCCAAAGAUACCCUACGUCAAGGCAAUUGAUAUUUACCUGAUGGGAUGCUUUGUGUUUGUGUUCCUGGCCUUGCUGGAAUAUGCCUUUGUAAAUUAUAUAUUCUUCGGGAAAGGACCCCAACGUCAAAAAAAGACUGCAGACGAGGCAGGACAUGCUGCAGGCAAGAAGGGCAGGCUGGAAACAAAUAGAGUCCAGGUUGAUGCCCACGGAAACAUUCUUCUCAGUCCACUCGAAAUAAGAAAUGAAGUCAGCAGCUCAGACGUGUUCACAAGCCUCAGUGACCCAAGAGCUACCAUGUAUUCAUAUGACAGUGCCAGCCUUCAGUUCAGAAGAACCACUUCCAGCAGAGAACUCUACAGUAGGAGUGCUUUGGACAGGCACAGGCUUCACAAAAAGGGACGUUUACGGAGAAGGGCAUCCCAAAUCAAAGUCAAAAUCCCCGAUUUGACUGAUGUUAACGUGAUAGACAAGUGGUCCAGAAUGGUCUUUCCCAUCACAUUUAUUCUUUUCAAUGUUGUUUAUUGGCUGUAUUAUGUCCACUAAUUUAUGCAAUAACAUUAUCACAGACUAACUUGUUUUUCCUUCUCAAUUUUGUUAACUCUGAAGAACUGCAGUAGCUAUAAUGCUACAUUGUCAACGCAAAAUACUCAGCCAUUGAAUAUGUCUAGAUUUGAGCUUUCUAAAAAAAUAAAAAAUUA